CUUUGCACAUCUGAAGUGUCAUUAUUUCGCCAUUAUUCAAGAAUUUUUCUCUUUAAAUGACAAUAUUAUUUUAAAGUAAAAUCAGAAAUCGUGUAUAAAGUUUGAGACUGAAUUACAAAGAUGCAAGUUGUCUUAAUUUAGAAUGAUUACAAUUUUAAGAAUAUUUUUGAAAGUGCAUAUAAUAAAAUUCGUGAACCUCUUAUAUCUUUGGAAGAUUUUUUGAAGACCAUUAACAAUGACAUGUGAAGUAGAUGCUAAGUUUCAAAAUCUUAACAAGAAUGAAAUUACGUCAAAGGAGCCAAUUGGGAGUCCCAUUCCAAAUAUCUGUACCCUAUAGCCAUUUACAGCAUAAUCUGAGACCUUUGCUGCCUAAACCUGUACCAGUAAAACUUACUGAAAUGAGAAAAGUGGUCACUAUUCCAGUUAAUAAAAAGCUUGAAAAAAGAGAAAAACCACAUAUUAGCAAAUCUAUCGUAGAUACGAGCAGACAUUUCCCUACAAAAUGCAGCAAUCUGAAUGUAUCAUCUAAAUCGAAUACUAUAUAUAGGCAACAAACUGACAAUAAGAAGUCAAUAUACUUGAAUAAUUUAAACAAAUUAAGCAAGUACGCUUCAAUUCGAGAAGAAGAAAAGUAUGUUGAAAAUAUAAGUUCCAAACGCAAAUAUUCUUCUUUAUCAAAUAUGGAGUUAAAAACAGAUGAAAACUUAAAAGGGAAAACUAACGUAGGAAAAAAAUUCGCCGAUAAAGACCAAUGUGAUCAGACUUAUGUUAGAAACGAAUGUAACAAAAAGCUGAAAGUGCAACUAAACUAUGCCGAUAUAGUAGAACAAAAAUAUUUACCAAUUGAAAAUCAGGAACGCCAUGAUAUUUCAUCAUUGUUAGGAAACGAUAUGAUUCUGAUUCACAAAAGAGAUUUUGAAGCAUGGAAUAACGCAGUGGAAAAUAUCGCAGGGAAUAAAAUGAAGCUACAAACAUUGCAAGAAAAAAUUCUAAAAACGAAUUCGCUAUUAAAAGAAAAAGGAGAAACUACACCAGAUACAAAUCCUUUCAAACCAGAAAAAGUGAUUGAGGCAUGCAAUAAUGGAAAACAAUGUCCUGAAAAAAAUGAGAGAUUAAAAACAGCUGAAAUUACUUCAGGCAGAGAAAGGUUUCAUUCUUUUCCAACACAGAAAAAUAGUUCACCUCAACGCAUUAAUCCUCAUACAUAUUUACACAGUAAUGAGGCUGCAGAAAAUGUCAACGCCUACUUUUAUAUACAUUCACGAAUACGCGAUAAGGAAACUAUAACACAGUCGGAUGGAAACCGUUUUAAUAAUUCAAAUCACUUUGGUAGUGAAUAUUUACAAAACAUCGGUACCUACGACGAGAUGUUAGCAUCAGAAAGGAAACCUUCUGUUAAUCAAACAGUACCAGUUAAUAUAAAAUUUCAAGAUCAUAUAUCAGAAGUAUCUUCAAUUGUAGGCAGUAGGCCACAAAAUGUAUCACUAUAUGAACCAAUAAGGACAAUCAAAUCAGAACCUGAAAAUCUUAAACUUCCACAUUAUUCCUCAAAAGCAUCGUCAGGGACUGCUUACAGAGUUUGUACACCGCCACCAAAUUCUGAAACAGCAAAAUUUCUGGCACAAAAAUCAAAUCCAUGUAAUUUUAGAGUUUCAAAUUAUGAAUCUACUGCAGUUAAAUAUACAGAUAACAAAUAUUCUGCAAUAACAUCUGAAAAACCAGAAAAGAUAACUAACGCAAAUUUAGAAGAUCAAAGAAAUGGUCAGUUCUACAAUCAUUUAUUUAAUGCAGGAACUGGAAACACCUAUAGGCGUUACGAUUUACCAACGAAAAAUAAAUCAACAAGAAUAAGUCCUUCAAAAUCACCAGCAUCUCAAAAGUCAACAAAACCUUUAAAUACGAGUAUUUGUCAAGCACAAGUUGAUUAUCCUGCAUCAAAACAAAGUUCUAUCACAGCGAUUUUUAAAUUAUCAAAACCUGUUUCACAUGCAAAAAUAUCGAGAGAAACGCCUGAAAGGCAAAAUGGUUUUACACAGUCUAUCACAGAUUUACAAUGUCAUGAACUUUCCACAAAACUAACUGACACCAAUGAACAAAAUGUACAGAAAAUGAAGUUCAUGCCAUCGCCUCAUGGUAACGUUCAUAUUAAAACUGGCAUUUCAACUAAAGAUGGAAAAAUUCACCAGCCCCUGAUAAGUUCAUCGAAUCAUAGAUAUAUCGAUGCAUCAAGAAAAUAUUCGAAUGCAGCUGUUUUAAAAUUACCUAAACCAUCUUUAAACAUACAGAAAUGCAAUGAAAUUCCUAAUAGGCAGAACGUCUUAAAAGGCGUGACAGCAGUAAGAGGUCAAAUUUUUCCGAAAACAAUUCACACCAAUGAAAAAAAUUCAUAUAAUAUGAAGCCGAUGCCACUGCCUGGAAGGAAUAGUCAAAUUAUAACUGGCUUUUCAGCUAUUUCUAACAAAAACCAACCUAAUGGACAGGCCGUCUUAAAAAGCGUGACAGCAGUACGACCUCAAAUUUUCCCGAAAAUAAUUCACACCAAUGAUGAAAAUUCAUAUAAUACGAAGCCGAUGCCAUUGCCUAGAAGUAAUAGCCAAGUUAAGGCUGGCCUUUCAUCUAUUUCUAUCGAAAGCCAACAAUCCAUAACUCGCCUUAAUUGCUUUCAAAAUAUUGAUACUGAGAUUCGUGGUCCAUCAAUUCAUCCGAAACUGGGAGACAAGAGUCAUGUGACAGAACUGACUGUAACACAGGCUUUGAAAAUUAAAAGCAAAGAAAAUUUCCAGGAGAAAAACAAAGAUAAGAACAACAUUCAGCAGUUUAAUAAUAAAAGUACUCAGCAGCAUGAACUGGCUCAGAAGCAGAACGUAAUACUGUUUAGAAGACCAAGUUGUGAUGUAUCAGAAAAUGAUUUACAGAGAUGGAUAGCUCAGGCACAGCGAAGCACGAAAAUGGUAAAAGAAAUGAGGUAUGCCCUUUUAAAUUUAAGUCUGGCUUUAUUUCCGAAAUCGUGUAAAAGCAUGAGUCUAGAGGAAGAAUUUGAAGAACAUGUGUUUGAAGCACUUUGUGAGCAGAUAGGGCAGUCUUGUCCACCUCAGGAGCUGGAAGCCGGAUUCUACGAAAACAGACGUGGCUAAGCUUGAAACUUGUUCUUCAAACUUCUUUCCUGUUAUGUGAAUUUUUUCUGAAGGUUGAUGAUUCUUUGAUCC